UUGCCCUCUCUUUCAUUUAAAUCUGUUUACACUUCACGCGGAACUAUUUAAACUAACGAGUUCAAAGAAUGACUGACAUGGACUAAGUUUGGCUUGUUCUUGCGCAGUGUUUUUGCGUUCGGUCUUGUAAGAAAAACCUCUAUGUCUCUUGUUUUGGAUAUAGUCUUCAUUUAAAGGGAACAAUCAUGCCUGAUCAACUGACAGUAUCGGAGUUUAUGGACAUUACCAAUGAGGACUAUAAAGCACCAACCACCUCAGUGUUCUGCACGCGCAUGGCUCACUGUCGGAACACAGUGGCUGCUUUGGAAGAGGCGUUGGAUCUGGACCACAGUGUACUGCAUAAAAUUAAGAAGUCUGUCAAGGCCAUAAACAGCUCUGGUCUGUCUCACGUAGACAAUGAGGAGCAGUACAUCCAGGCACUGGAGAGGUUUACGGAUAAUAAUGUGUACAAAGACGACCCGGAGAUGCCCAUUUACUUUCUCACGUUUGCUGGUUUCACCAAGGAGCUCACUGGACUCUUUAAGAACCUGCUGCAGAACAUGAAUAACAUCAUCACUUUCCCACUAGACAGUCUGAUGAAAGGAGACCUUAAAGGAGUGAAAGGGGAUUUGAAAAAGCCUUUUGACAAAGCAUGGAAGGAUUACGAAACCAAAUUAAGCAAGAUUGAGAAAGAAAAGCGGGAGCAUGCCAAACAGCAUGGGCUGAUUAGGACAGAGAUCAGUGGAGGAGAGAUUGCGGAAGAGAUGGAGAAAGAAAGACGCCUCUUUCAGCUCCAGAUGUGUGAGUAUCUGAUUAAAGUGAAUGAAAUAAAAGUCAAGAAGGGGGUUGACCUGCUCCACAACCUCAUCAAAUACUUUCAUGCCCAGUGCAAUUUCUUUCAGGAUGGGUUAAAAGUUGUGGACAAUCUUAAACCUUUCAUGGAAAAACUUGCUACGAACUUGACAGCAAGCAAGCAAACACAGGAUGCAGAGAGGAAACAGCUGCUGCAGCUCAGAGAUAUUCUGAAAUCUGCCUUACAGUCAGAAUCUAAGGAGGAGUGUCAGUCAAAGCAGAAUUCAGGCUACAGUCUCCACCAGCUCCAGGGCAAUAAAGCUCAUGGGACUGAGCGCUCUGGAAUGCUCCUCAAACGCAGCGAGGGGUUGAGGAAGGUUUGGCAGAAAAGGAAGUGCUCUGUGAAAAAUGGAUUAUUGACUAUUUCUCAUGGAACGGCCAAUGCACCUCCAGCAAACCUCAACCUCUUAACCUGCCAAGUGAAACGCAACCCUGAUGAGAAAAAAUGCUUUGAUCUCAUAUCGUAUGACAGAACGUAUCACUUCCAGGCAGAGGAUGAGGCAGAGUGUCAAAUCUGGGUGUCUGUGCUCCAGAACUGUAAAGACGAGGCAUUGAACAACGCCUUUAAGGAUGAUCAGAAUGAGGGUGAGAACAACAUCGCACGGGAGCUGACCAAGGCCAUUGUGGGAGAGGUGAAGAAGAUGAGCGGCAAUGAUGUGUGCUGUGACUGCGGAGCUUCCAACCCAACAUGGCUCUCCAUAAACCUGGGUGUGUUAAUUUGCAUUGAAUGUUCUGGAAUCCAUCGGGAAAUGGGUGUGCACUAUUCCAGAAUACAGUCUCUAACGCUGGAUGUCUUGGGCACGUCAGAACUCCUGAUUGCCAACAGUGUGGGCAAUGCGGGUUUCAAUGAAAUCAUGGAGGCAAACCUGUCAGCAGAGAUCCCAAAACCCAACCCUUCUAGUGACAUGCAGGUACGAAAAGAUUUCAUCACAGCCAAAUACACAGAGAAACGCUUUGCACAGCGGAAGUAUGCAGACAGUGCAGCCCGGCUACACACAUUGUGUGACACGGUGAAGACCCGGGAUAUUUUCACCUUAAUCCAGGUGUACGCUGAAGGUCUGGACCUGAUGGAAACCAUUCAUCAGACAAAUGAACAUGAACCAGGUGAGACAGCACUACACCUUGCAGUACGAAUGGUGGACCGGAACUCUCUUCAUAUUGUGGAUUUCCUCGUACAAAACAGUGGGAAUUUAGACAAACAAACUGCCAAAGGAAGCACAGCUCUGCACUACUGCUGCUUGACUGACAAUAGUGAAUGCAUGAAGUUGCUACUGCGGGGAAAGGCAUCAGUGACCAUAACAAAUGAUGCAGGAGAGACUCCUCUGGAUCUGGCCCGGCGUCUCAGACACUCAAAAUGUGAAGAGCUGCUGACCCAGUCACAGACAGGGAAGUUUAAUGUCCAUGUGCAUGUGGAGUAUGACUGGCGUCUGCAUAACGAUGACCUGGACGAGAGUGAGGAUGAGAUGGAGGACAAGCCCAUCCCUAACAGGCGAGAGGAGCGUCCACUUAGCUGUAUUGUUCCAGGCAGUGGCCCUAUGAUGCCCAACAUGAGUGCACUGGCACGGGAUGUGGUAAACGCUGUGAAAGACAAGCAGAGGACGUUCAUUCCUAGCAUGAUUUGCAAUGAGACUUACGGAACUAUGCUUGACAUUAGUCCUCUGUCGCUAGGUUUACAUGGGGUGCCUGGUAUGCCUCCACUGCCCCCUCGUACCUUAGGAAGAGGGUGGAGUACUCCUAUGGAAGUGGUCGGGAGGCAGAGGUCCUCUUCAGACCCUCACACUCCAGAGAGGAACAGCCCAGUGUAUGUGCUCCCCCCUGCUCCCCCGCCUCCUCCUCCGGUCAAGAGGCCACUGCCUCCAGAUCCUAAGGCGACUCUACCCCAAGUGCAUCUAGUCCCACCUGCACCAUCUGCACCCCCAAUUAUACCACCUGCCCCAGCUAGACCACCGCCUUUAGUGCCACCUGCUCCCGUAUUGCCCCCUUCAUUUUCAUUUAAACCCACACCUCCACCUCUUAAACCACAGCCAAAAGCCCCUGCACCCAAACCAACUAAAUCCCCCUCUAGGGAUCCUGUUGGUCCUUUUUGUAAAGAUAUAAAUGUAAAUAAAGCACCACUCAGCAUGCCUCGACCAAGUGACAAAACAGACUCUGGGCCAUCAGUCGCCUCCGCCCCGGCUUUGGCUCCUGCUCCCAAACCCAGAAUGGCCCCUACUAAACAGAAACCUAAGAGGGUAAAGGCUCUCUAUAAAUGUCAAGCUGAUAACCCAGAUGAACUGUCCUUCUCUGAAGGAGAGGUGAUAAUAGUGGAUGGGGAGGAGGACAAAGACUGGUGGGUGGGCCACAUUGACGGGGAGCCAAACAGGAAGGGAGUCUUCCCCGUCUCGUUUGUUCACUUCAUCACUGACUGAUCAGCCACGGGCUUAUUAAACUUUUUGUUGGACAAAAACAGAGAGCAUGCCACACAUUAUUUAAGAAUGGAUUCAUCAUCAGACAUCUUCAUAGUUGAAUGGACAUUUUCAGUUGUACAUGUUUACUAAUGGUAGCAUAUGGGACAUUCUCAAAAUUUUUAACACCAACAUAAGAUAAAUGACCUCAGGACUGCUAUGCAAUAACAGUAUCUUGAUCAAUAUUCUGUUUAAAGAGAUAGUUCACUUAAAAAAGUAAAUUCUAUUGUCAAUUACUCACCCUCAUGUCAUUUCAGACCUUUACGACUUUCUUCUGUGGAAAACAAAAGGAGAUUUUGGGCUGGAUUUUAAGGACUGACAGCUUGGAAAUAGAUGCAAUGAAAGUGAAUGAUAAGGCUGUCCACAACAUUCUGCCUUAUGCUGUGUUCCACAAAAGAAAGUCAAAAGGGGUUGGGAACAAAAUGAGUCAGUGAUUAGAGAUUUUUAAUUUUUGGGUAAACUAUUCCUAUAAAUGACAGGAUAGAAAAGGGUUAAGUUCGGUUCUUUUUGUCAAUCAUCCUGAUUUAAAGUGCAAUUACCUCUAACUUUAAUGCAAAAAUCAUAUGUGAACUAUGAUAAGUGCUAUGUAUUAUACGGGAACUGUUUUUGUUAAAGCUUAAUAUGGUUGAAAUUUUGCUGCUGUUUUCUUAGAGCCUUUGUCUAGAUCAGAUAUUGGUUGCUGAGCAACUCUUACGUUUAGCAUAGUUAAGUGACAUGAUAAACCAUGCAGCUCGCAUCUAAGUAUUUUCUCAAUGUUCUGUUACCGGACAAGCUAUUAAACCUUUUACACUAUACUUUGAAAAGGUGUGGAUUUAUUUUUAGCAUGGGAUAAAUAUGUAAAAAAAAUAAUAAUAAUAAUUAUGACAAAAUAGGUCAAAGUAGUAGCAGCUCUGAGACAAUUCACAGUAACAUCAUACAUUUUAAUCAUUUAACAAGUUACAUUAUUAAAAUUCUGUUACAAUUUACUCACCCUCAUGUUGUUCCAAACCUGUAUGACUUUCUUAUGAUGAACACAAAAGGAGAUGCUUUAAUGAUUAUCGCAGACAGUCCUGUCAGUACAACUGCAGAGAAUAGUGCCUCAUACAAGGACUUGCAUUGUUUUUAGCAGUAAAUGUCACUGUUAAUGAGCUUCUCAUAGCGCUCAUGAAUGCACAAUGGACAUCAAGAUUUUUCCUAAAAAAAUGAUUUACAUUUCAGGUUCUCACCAAAACAAACAGUAUGCCAUUCGAAGACAUGGAAUAUGAUGCAGGAAUCGCAUAGACUACUUUUAUGAUACUUUUGAGUAACUUUUUAAAAUUGAUGCACAAAGGUUAAAAAAGGACCCAAAGGUCCUUAGAGGACAAAAAUGCCCGCAUCAAAAAACUGCCACAAUAAUAUGCUGUUAAUAUAAUUUUCCAUUUUCAAUUAGUAGAUUUUUUUAACCAACAUCAGUCCUGAUCGUAACUACCAAAUAUUCAUUUCAGGAUUUUAACCCAUAAAAAGCCAGUUUGUUUAAAUAAUGCCACUGUUGGUUUUUUACACACACACAAAUUUCUCAAUACACACAUACAAAACACACUCUGACAUCCAUAUCAACACACCCACGCAAUUUUAGCUGCAACAUUUAUUCAAUUGGCCUGCAGUGCUCUAUAAUACAGCAAACAGAAAAUAGGAAAAAAGCAUGUAUUAGCUCCAUAGGCUAAACAUUAGAAAAAUGUCACCAUCUGAUGGAAAAUAUAAAAAAUUAACAUUUUGAAGCCAGGGCUCCGGAAUGAAAGCAUAAUAUCAUAGAAUUCAUGAUUUUAUGCUUUAAUGGCACUGGGAUCAAAUAAUGCAGUUUUAAUGGGUUUCAAUGAGGACAUUUUUGUCCUGAAGGUCCUGAGUGUAACUAUUUUGUGUACACAGUGUAUUAUAGAUGUAUUAUAGGAACUGAGGUUGAAAUAUCAAAAUUCGCCCAAAAAUACACACCUCUGUCAAAAUUUACGACGUUGGCAUUAACACAACAAAAAUGAAAAUAUAAUUGUAUAUAAUCUGAUUCCACAUUUUCUGUUUUAAGUUGUUGUAUGGAAUAAAUAAAAAUUGUAAAAGAAAAAAAAGAAAAAAAACCUUCCUCUUUUGUGUUCUGCAAAAAAUCCUGUCAUACAGGUUUGGAACUAUAUUAGGGUGAGUAAAUUGAAAAUUUUUGGGUGAACUAUUCCUUUAAUAACCCAUUCCCUUCUUAAAUAAGGACAUCUUUCCAUACUGAAACAUAAGGUUCAAAAAGUGCCAGUAUUUCAUCCAUCUCUGACCAUCACAGUCAUGAUUUUAUUCACUUACAACAUUACAGUAUAAUCCAAGAAAGAAUUUACCAUUUUCAAAAUCAACCUACAAAUUUAGAUGGGUUAACAUAAUCCUUAUAUAAAAAUACUCUCAACUGUUCAAAAAACUCAUGUAUUUACAAACCAAAAUUCUUCACAAUAGAUGUCUUAAAGGAAUAAUCCAGGUUCAACACAAGUUAAGAUCAAUCAACAGCAUUUGUGGCAUAAUGUUGAUUACCGAAUAGUACAAAAAUUAUAUUUCAACUCGUCCCUCCUUUAAAAAAAAAAAAAAAAGCAAAAAUUGAGGUUACAGUGAGUCACUUACAAUGGAAUUGAAUGGGACCAAUUUUUUGGAUGGUUUAAAGGUAGAAAUGUGAUGCUUAUAAUUUUAUAAAAGCACUUACAUUAAUUCUUCUGUUAAAACUUGUGUAUUAUUUGAGCUGUAAAGUUAUUUAAAUCAUAAUUUUUAACGGUCGUUUUAGGGUUUAUGGUGUAACAU